UCACUUGUCCCGCAUCCCUAUUAGAAUAAAAAACUCUCCUCCGCCCACCAUCCACGCAGCUCCUCCCCAGACUCCAGCCACAUCUGCUCACCAACUUUCCUUUGCAUCUCAUCACUUUGCGUUGCACAGACUGAACGCACCAUCUCACGGUCUGGGAAUGGGAACUUUACUCGGUUCAAAGAAAAACUUUCAGUUUUUUCGAGUUUUCGCUCUGCAGAAAUUGCUUUUCAAACUGCAGGGAUAGUUGUAGCUGCACGUGCAGGGUGAAAGCAACACAGCCUCUGAACAGAGAUCACCAAGACGCACCAGGAGUCAUCUGAUCGUUAGAUAGUUUCAGAGCAGAGGAAUUGCGCAGGGUCAAAUAGACAGCGCUACAGAGUAGUUUCUCUUAGCUGAAAGUGCGAAGAAAAAGAAACACUGACGGACAGCUGAGAAAAAUAAGUUUGCGUAAAGUUGGAGCUGCUGCGCACGGUUAAACUGAAGUUUCAGCAGGCGACCACAGCAAGGCAUUCGUUAAGUCUACACAUUUAUCAACUUGUAUCGUAGAGAAGCGCUAAAUCAUUGAAAGUCAUGGCAAAAUGGUUCAGAGAUUUCCCCAUCAAUCUAAAGAACGGAGCAGAAAGGGCCCGCUCGGCCUCCGAAUCAGGACCACAAACCAGACCCAAGCCUUGUUUUUCUAGAGAUAGUUUGAAAGGUAAUCAGCGUAAAGAUGGAGGAGUAGGGGGCUUGUUGGCAGGGAGAAACAGAAAAAAUUCGGCUUCAGAGCUGGGUCGUAACAACUCUGGUUACGGUGGAACAGUCUGGGACAGUCUCACGAAUGGAAAAGGUCGCAAAAACUCCAAAGUCGAGGCAGGGACAUCCGAGGAGAACCGCCAGGUGAAGACCUCCAGCCUGGCGCAAGCGUACAUCAGCAGGAUGAUCAAAGUGGACAAACAGGAUAAAACCCCCAAACUCAACGGGAUAAGCGAACAGAAGCUGGCCGAGACUGAGAAGGGACGUUCAGACAUUAAAACUACGCUCAUUAUCCUGGAGGACUACGCAGAUCCGUUUGAUGCAGAGAAAACCAAGGGGCAGAGAGAAGCUGAGAGGUCAGGGGUGAAUGAUGGCUACAUGGAGCCAUACGAUGCCCAGGUCAUCAUCACAGAGGUUCGCAGACGAGGUUCCAAAGACCUCCUGAAAGUGUGUGUUCUCGUGGACCGAGGUCAAAAAGAGGGGAAAGGAGAGGAGGGAACAGCUUCCCCACCGAACAUCUACGACACACCCUAUGAAGGCGGACUGGAGGGCGACAGUGAGGGGGUGUGGAUCCCUGUCACACGACCGGAGUCUGAUGUCCGUCCGGCUGGGGAGUACGAGCUGCCCUGGGAGUGGAGAAAGGAGGACAUUGUUAGAGCAUUGUCAGCUCAGUUUGAGGCGGUGGAUUGUUCCCCGACCAAAGAGAGUGCUUCAACCUCUGGCCGCCAACAGCAGCAGCAACAACAAACCCUGAGACAGAGGAACUGGAGCCAUAAGACUCUUGUCUCAACUUCUCCAUCAACUUCCUCCUCUCAGUCUUUCCCAUCUUCUCCCAUUCUUAAACUUUCGCCUCUUGCUUCACCAUCUUCUUCUUUCCCAACUCUUAAGCUCUCCUCACUCUCCCCCUCAUCCAGCCCAACCAAACUUUCCCCUCCAUCUCCUACUUCCACCAGCGCCCCCCUGGAUGUGGAGACAGCCAGAGUGGACUCCAGUCUGCCGCUGGAGAAGCAGAGCUGGUACCAUGGCAGUGUCAGUCGGCAGCAGGCUGAGGCUCAGCUGCAGCGCUGCAGGGAAGCCAGCUUCUUAGUGAGAGACAGCGAAUCAGGAACCAGCAAAUACUCCAUCGCUCUGAAGACCAGUCAAAGCUGUGUGCACAUCAUUGUGGCCCAGACUAAAAGCAGUAAGGGUUUGGGCUACACACUGGAUCAGAGCAGCUGUGUCUUUUCCAGUAUCCCUGAGCUGGUUUACCACUACUGCUCACACAGACUGCCUUUUACAGGAGCAGAGCACAUGACCCUGCAGCAUCCAGUGUCCAAGCCACACUAAACAUGUGUAAAGAACAAACAACGCACAACACACACAAAUAACUUAGGGCACCGUCACGGCUUGUAAAGACACAAACGCGCACAUACACUUUUACAAACCAGGUUAUAGACGUGUGCACACACACCCAGAGAUGUGCUGCUUUAUACUGUAUUGUGUAUCACUUUUGAAGGGUUUAUUUUCAAAUCGACAAUAUGCCACCUAGUGGCCAAUAUUACUCAUUACAAUGCAUUAACCAAAUUAUAGAGACUUCUGUCGAUCAAAUCAGCUAAAACACACACACAUAAUCCCUAUUGAAUGACAUAUGACAGGAGAACCAACCCUUUCUGGUACAUUUUCUUCAUUAAUCUACCAUAGGUUAACAGUGGUUUUUGGAGCAAAUUUGAUCUCUUAAGUCAAGUUUAUAUGAUGCUUAUAAUUUUUCCUAUCAGGCACGGUGAUCAGCCUGUUGACAUCCGUAAUUCUCUUUACACAGCUGGACACAGUCUGUAAAGCUGUUUCAGUGUGUGUAACAGUGUAAAGAAUAAUGGGAAUGAAGCCUCUUAAUGCUUUAGUUUAAUUACGGGGCCUUUAUUAUGGUUGUCCUGAAGUCAGAAGAAUAAAUCCAACUAAGUGUAAUGAUAACAAAGCAGUUGUAGCUCCUUGUGUGCUCUACACUAGGCGACUUGGUGUUUCAUAAAACCACUAAAAUAUUAGGAAAACAUAGUAGUGUUUUCUGUUUCUUUGUUGACCUUGGAAAAAACACUGCGUUUCUGUUUUGUUCUUUUGCAUUUGGUUUUGCUGUUAUGUGUUAUCUCAUAUGGUAUUCUUCACCUAAGGAUCACAUUAUUUUCUAAGCUUUAUUUUAUAGGGAAUAAACAAACAUCCAUUACCCUUCAGAAACGUAUCUCUGCAUAAAGCUACCUGUAUGAAACAAUGUUAAUACAUGUUGUCACAUUUUUUACGUCAGUCUCACAAUGAUGUGGGCUGUAUAUUAUUUUUGUAAAACCUUUAUUCAUUAAAUAAAGAAUCAUUUUAACAGC